AUGAUGGAUAAUUAUACACAUAAUAAUACAGAUAUUCCAAAUAGAAAAGAUAAUCUCAUAAAAAAUUCAGAGAUGAAUGUAAUUACUUCAAAAGAUAAUAUAGAUGAUGAAUAUGAUAAUAAUAAAAAUAUAGAAGAUAAUAUAGGUGGUGAUAAAUAUUACAAAGAAGAAAAUUAUUCCGAAAUGUAUGAUUUAGAUAAAAGUAAAAUUUUUAAAAAUAAAAAUAGUUCUGAAGAGAUAAGUGAUAUAUAUAAUAUGAAUUAUGAUAAAAAUUUAAAUGAACAGUUAUUAUUAGAUGUUAAUAGUAAAAAAAAAAAAAAAAAGUAUGAAAAUUUUCUCAAAAGCAAAAACGAUAACAAAUGUACAGAAUUGAAAGAAAUUCCUUACUGUUCUUUUAAUAAUUUUGAAGAAAAAGAAAAUGAUGAAAAAAUAAAAGAAUUAAAUAAUAAUAGUUAUAAUAUGUUUAAUAAGGAGAAACUGAAAAAAAUUGAAAAGAAAAAAAAAAAAAACAAUGAAAAAAAGAAAAAAAAAAAAAAAAUACACAUGUAUAAUUUAUAUUAA